UUUUUAUAUGAUCUUGCGAUGUUAUAAAAGCCGUGCGUUCGACAUACUUUUGCAAUUAUAUAUUAUACUUUAAGUGUGGACGCAACGAAGAACAUGGAAGACGCCGUAUACAUUGUUUCCGGGUGCCGCACUCCAAUUGGCAACUACAAGGGCCAAUUUUCGUCAAUCAACAUCUUUGAUUUAUCUAAACAUGCUUUGAAAGGUGCCAUCCUACGUUCAGGAAUUGCACCUGCAGACAUCCAAGAAGUAUACAUAGGGAAUGUGCUGACAGCAGGCAAAGGCCAAAACCCUGCCAGAAAAGCAGCUUUAAAUGUCGGAAUACCCAUUGAAGUACCAGCUACCACUUUGAAUAUGCUAUGUGGUUCUGGCUUAAAAUCCGUCACUUUGGGUUAUACUUCAAUCAAGGCAGGUAACUCUUCAGUUGUCCUUUGUGCUGGAAUGGAGAGUAUGACCCAAGCAGAGCAUUCAAUUUAUAUCCGUGGAGGAGUCAAAUUGGGUGAUUGCACCUUGAAAGACACUAUGGUAUUGGAUGGUCUAACAGAUUCUAUCAAUCAGAUCCAUAUGGGAAUCACUGCUGAAAACGUUGCUAAGAAGUAUAAGAUAUCAAGAGCAGAACAAGAUGCAUUUGCUUUAAAUUCUCAGAUUAAGGCUGCUUCUGCAAUGGAACAAGGCUUAUUCGAUGAUGAAAUUGUACCAGUUCAAGUUGGAAAAGACUUGAUUAAAUUGGAUGAAUAUCCAAAACCAAGUACCACAAUUGAGCGCUUGACAAAGUUGAACCCAGUCUUUUUGUCUGACGGUACUGUAACGGCUGGCAAUGCUUCAGGAAUCAACGAUGGAGCGGCUGCAGUAAUACUGGCUAAUGGUUUUGAAGUAAAAUCAAAGAAUUUAAAACCACUAGCUCGUAUUGUUGGCUUUGCAGAGAUGGGCAACGACCCGUUGCUCAUGGGUGUGGCUCCUAUUCCAACAAUUAAACUAUUGUUGAAAAAAGUAAAUUGGACCAAAGACGAUGUUGAGUUGUAUGAGAUUAACGAGGCAUUUGCCUCUCAAUCUGUUGCUAUCAUUAAGGAGUUGGAUUUGGAUCCAAAGAAAGUCAAUGUUAACGGAGGUGCUAUUGCUCUGGGUCAUCCAAUUGGCGCUUCUGGAACCAGAGUACUUGUAACAUUGCUUUACAACCUAAAACAUUUGGGCCUAAAACGAGGAGUAGCCGCACUUUGUAUUGGAGGAGGAAUGGGCAUAGCCAUGGCAGUAGAAGCAGUUUAAAUUGUAUUACUAUAUUAUAUAUAUACACGUAUAUAGAAGUAGUUGAUAGUCAAGUAAUGGGAAUAGUCAAUUGUGAUACGAAUAUUCCCACAAAGUAUUCGUUACAUUCAGGGAAAUAUGGAUUUUAACUAUUUAUUAUAUAUAUUUUUUUGUUAUUUAAAAGUUUAAAAUAAAGUUUGUAUAUCUAGAAA